CAACAAGCAGGGCCAUUGGAUCCCACUUGCAUGCUGCCAUCUGCACCUGUGCGCUCCCUGCGACCAGCACCCAGCUGAUUUCGGAUGCUUUCAUCUCAAAACGAACUCGGCGCCUUUCUCUUUGCGUUUUUAGUGUUGGAUAGGCCACUUCGUUCCUUUAUCUGUCGCCAGCUAACUGCAUAUUCCGAGUCUUCUUUUUUGUUUCUUGUUCCAAUUUGAGCGACGGCGGGGUAACGGCCCAACUAACCUUAGCUCUGACUCCAAAGUAAACAAUCCAUUCAACUAACGUUACCCCAUCCGGCGACCUCCCACCUCUCCCAAAUUACUGCGACGCCGGGUCAUGGUGUAGCCCCGCGCGGCAACACAGAUAAAAUGACGACCAAGUCGAAAACUCACCCACUCAACGGGAUGCACACGGCCGGCAUCUUUUCCGACAUGAGCGCCGACGGGCCCGAGAUUGGCACAUUGGUGUUGGUAGUCGACCGAGCAAAGAACCUGCCGAACCGCAAGACGAUCGGGAAGCAAGACCCCUACUGUGCGGCCCGCUUAGGGAAAGAAGCAAAGAAGACCACAACCGAUAUCCGUGGCGGCCAAACCCCGAAAUGGGACCAGGAACUCCGAUUUACCGUCCACGACUCGCCCGAUUACUACCAGCUUAAGGUUUCGGUAUUCAACGACGACAAGAGGACAGAGCUGAUCGGAGAGGCCUGGAUUGAUCUGCGCGACAUUGUGGUGGGUGGCGGGGGUCAGAGCGACCAAUGGCACCAACUUGCGUGUCGGGGCAAGUACGCCGGCGAGGUCCGCAUCGAGAUCACGUACUACGACAACCGUCCUAAGCCAGAGAGGCCCGUGGUGAAGGCGAAACCGCCACCCCAAACCGAGGUCGAACCAGCUCCAGCCGCCGCCGGGCCGAGGCCGGUGCCUAAGCGCCGCCCGUUGCCCUCGGACCCCAUCACUGGAAAAUCCCCAGCUCCGCCGUCGCCUGUACCAGAGCAGGGUGAGACGCCGCCUCGACCUCAGCCGAAUCCCGCUCCCGUCCCUCACCAACAACCGGAGUACUACCAGCAACCGGACCAGGGCAGAGAGCUCGGGACUCCGCCUCGCCGCGCCGAAGCGCCUAACCAGUACCGGACGCCUGAGAGGCCCGAGCAGCACGCGGCUCAGCACGACCAGGGCUACAGCCCACACCGACAGCAGCCGGCGUAUGACCGCCAGGAAUCAUACGAGUUUCCACCGCUGAACGACCAGAGACCUGUCGCCGAUGACCGGCCGCCCCCGCCCCCCGCCCACAGGAGCAGGACUGGAAGCAACCCUUCGAUGAACGCGGCGUUCCAGGCGACGCCACCAACCAUGCGACAGGAUGUGCUGAGGAGCGAAGCCCACCGGAAUUCAGUCUCAGGAAGCUACCCCGGAAGGCCGACAUACAAGGCAUUCGACACCGCUCCUGCUGGUCUCCCCGGCUCCCAGUACUCCAAGGCGGACCCGGGCCAGCCACCCCGGCAUUAUUCUUACGAUGCCGGUUACGAACAACACAGAACUAUGCAGGCCACUGUCGAGGAUGUGCCCGAGUCACCCGAGUCCAUGAGCAACCCGAGGAGGACCUCGGGCCGCUGGCCGCAGCUGCAGCCUCAAUCACAGUCGCAGCCCCACCUCGAGCGGGACUACGACAUGACAGCUAGUCCUGCGCCGCUCGCUCUUUCAGGGAGGAGCAGCAGUGAGUCAGCGCAAUAUCCGCAGGACCCAAGACACCAGGGUGCGAACGGCUAUCCGAUGGUUGCGCCCGAGAUCCCACAGAGAGAGUCGCCAGACUAUGCGCCAAACUAUGGCAGGCACUCGGAGCCUUCCCUACCGUUGCACAGCGCCCACUCGACCCAAAAAGCGCUGACGUACCGGGGCGAGCUUGACGACACCUCGCACGGGUUCCCGGUAUCUCCAGUACCGGCAUCGCUUGUUCCGGGCAUCGACCCAAACAUCGCCCAGGAAGUCCCAGAGCGGGUCAGCCAGGACAGGAGACAGUCAAAUCAGCCCCGCGGAUACGCACAGCAAGCCCUGGUAGAAACGCCGCCACGUGGAAGAACCAUGAACGAUGGUUACGCCCACGAUGGUACCGUUGUCCCAUACAACGCCGCAUCCGUCCAUGGUAGGAACCCUGUUAUGUACAGCAACGGGCCGUCGACAUCGAGCGUCAACGUGGUCAUCAAGUCGCGCGCCUACUCUCCCAACCCGCCGCGCGACCCAAGCCCGAACCCACAUCACCAGCACACCAUUCGGCGCAAGUCGGUCAGCCCGCGCCCACCGGUGGAAAGCCAUCAGAUGUCUGGCAUCCCCUUCGGCCCCGACUCGUACGAAGCGUUGAACCCCAACACAUCCUCGGCCGCUGUCAAAGAUGCAGCCUCCUCCCGUGCUGACUACAGCGAGGCCACUGGCAAGAUCAUCACCCAUGAUGGCCGCGAAGUUGAUCCCUCCGAUCACCUCCCCAUGGAGACCUGGGCACCCGAGCCCGAACCGAAGCAGCCGACGGCCGCGCCCGCCCGCCCUUCACUCGCCGGUCCACAACCCGUGCCCUCUUCGGGUCGUCGCCCCCUGCGCGUCGCGGGCCGCACACAAUCCAUGCUCCCGGCUGCCCCCUCGUCAUCAGCCGUCACCUUCUCGGGCGGCAUGACAGACCACGUCGAACCCAUCACCACGGCAACGGCGACGGGACGAAACCGCCUGCAAAAGAAGGCCGCCUACCGCCAGUCGACGUCCGCCAUCGUACCGAUGAUGUCGGGCGCGAUCGGCGCACCAGCACCAGGGCGGGGCAGCAGCCCCAGCGAGAGCCGCGUCCUGCGCAAGAGCAGCGGCAGCAGCGGGCACGGGAUGGAACCGGCCCCGCUCGCACCAAUCCCGGCGCACAUGGACAACUUCACCGCCCCGCGGGGCAUCCCGCGCGCCGCGACGUUCGACUACGCCACCGGCGCCGAAAACCACGCCCCCUACCACGCCCACUCCCACUCGGGCAGCAGCAGCGGCGUCUACGGCACCUCCCCCGGCAGCCAGCGCCACGCCCAUUCGUACGGCCACAGCAGCAACCCCAGCCAACACCGCGGCCACAGCCCCGGCCGGAGCCCGGGACGCAGCCACCAGUACAGCCGCAGCGGCGGCAGCGUAAGCGGCGGAGGGCCCCCGCCCAUCCCCGCCAAGGUCCCGCUUGCGCUACCGCCGCCGCCGUCGUCGUCGGCCCCGUCUGCGAAUGGCGGUGGGAUGAGUGGUGCGUUGCAGUUGCAUAGCAGCAGUGUGGCGAGGCGGGCGGGCAGUGGGAUUGAUGAUGGGUAUCAUCAUCAUCAUCAUCAUCAUGGGGGGCAGCAGGGGUAUGGGGGUGAGGGGGAUAGGUAUGGGUAUGGGCAUGAUGGGUAUGGGUAUGGUGGAGGGGGAGGCGGUAUGGGUGGUGGUGGUGGGGGUGGGGGAGGGAAUAUAUCGUUGGAGGAGGAGCUGAGGCAGAUUGAUAUUGGCACGGGCAGGUCCAGUCGGAGGCAUAAUGCGGGGGGGUAUGCUGCUGCGGGUGGGGGUGGGCAGUUUGGGGCGGUUUAUGGGCAGGGAGGGUACUGAGAUGGAGUGUGGUUUGGUUCCCUGGGGGGGUUGGUGUGGGUGGUUUGGUUGGGGAGGUGGUGGAUUGAGUGGUUUGCUUGCUUGCUGGGUUUAUAUAGGGAGGGCUGGGG